GGCUGACAAACAAAAUCUCCGCUGCAUUUCGUUCGUUCUUGUUACUUUAAUCGCCUACGACGCGCGUUUACAGUUUUCACGGAAAUUUUAAGACGAUUUGUUCAUAUUAAAUAUUUUCAUUAUCUUGCGAUACAAAAUAAAAAAAAAAAACCUGUGCUUUGAAAAAUAUUAAUAAACUUGAAUACAAAACUAGUGUAGCAUAUAGUGAAAAAAUACCGCUGAAAAAAAAACAAAACAUAUACAAAUAAAAAUUAUAUAGAACUAUCGACGUAGAGAAAGUUUUAGAGAAUUUCACAACAGUGCAAAUAAGAUGCGUAAAGCGAUUACUAAACGCCUUUCUAUUUCCAUACAGGACGAAAAUCGCUGCCUACUGGAUCGUUUGAUGCGGUACAAAUCGAAGGAUGCCGACAAGUUAAACGAAGAGAACGAGAAUUUCCUAAGAAAAAGACUGCCGUCAAUUUUCAGAAAACGUUCGGACAAAUUGAAACGCGAUCUAGAAGACGCCGUCCGUGAACCCAAUUCACAACAUCGCAAUUCGGGUAGUCCAUCGCAACUGGGCGACGAAGGUGACUGUAUCUCGUUGACUGGCGGUAAUAACGGUGCCGUUGGCGGGGUAGGUGACUACUACAAUCUCGAUGAAAUGUUGGGACCUCUACAUGAACCAAACCUCAAUCCGUGCUUAGUGUCUUCCUCAAUACCAACAACAAUAUUUAUGAAAUUCGAAGCGCACGACAACGAAUCGCAUGCGGUGCGUUGGAGUCCCGUGGAGCGGCUAGUGGCGACCGGUGGUGGCGAUCGUAAGGUCAAGCUGUGGGAUGUGGCGAAAGUUGCGCAGGAACCACGCGCCGUUUUGGGCGGCAGUAGUGCCGGCAUCAAUUCCGUGGACUUUGAUUCGACUGGCACUUAUAUACUCGGCACCUCAAAUGAUUAUGGCGCUCGCGUGUGGACGGUGGCGGAUAGUCGAUUAAGGCAUACACUGACGGGACAUAGCGGAAAAGUAAUGGCGGCUAAGUAUCUACAAGAGCCUAUUAAGGUGGUGACCGGCAGCCAUGAUCGCACGCUAAAAAUCUGGGAUUUGCGCAGCAUUGCCUGCAUCGAAACGAAAUUCGCCGGUUCAAGCUGCAACGAUCUGGUGACCACUGACAGUCUCGGCUCAACCAUCAUCAGUGGGCAUUAUGAUAAAAAGCUGCGCUUUUGGGAUAUACGCACAGAGAAGCAAGCGGAUGAUAUAUUGAUGCCAGCGAAAAUCACAUCGAUUGAUCUGUCAAAGGAUGGCUACUACCUAAUUUGUUCGAUUAGAGAUGAUACAAUUAAACUAUUAGACUUACGCAAAAAUCAAAUAAUUUCAUCGUUUUCCCAUGAAAAUUUCAAACUCAGCUGUGAUUGGGCGCGAGCCUCAUUCAAUUCGUGCGGUUCCAAGGUUGCGUGUGGGUCAUCCGAUGGUUUAGUUUAUAUUUGGAAUGUCAUGGGAGAACUGGAGGCGACACUAAAAGGACACACUUCUGGUUCCGGUUUCUUUCACAGCUCUGCGGUGAACGCGGUCAGUUGGUGCCCCAACAGCAAUGCGCUAGCUUCGGUGGGCAAAGGCAAACGCUGCAUCAUAUAUACCGAGUCGUAGCCAAAGGUUGCUGGAAUUAGAGUCGUGAGGCCAAAGCGAGCCGCGACAGAGGCGGAAGUGUCGGAAAUAGAGGAGCAUGGUUAAGCGGUAGCGAUUGUUGAAUACCGGAUACAGCAGCGUAUAACACUAAACCAAAAUAAAAAACAAUUCAUGAAACACCAAGAACAACACCAGUGGCAAGUGGCAUGGGGUGGCGCGUAAAAAUUUCUGCGCUUUAGUGGGGUAACAUUAAGUGAUGCAGGAGGGAUAGUCAUUGCAAAGAAGAAUGAAAAAAUAUAUAUUUUUGCAGUGUUCAAAGUCUGUUUAUUUUUGAAAUAGUACAUGGUACAUAAAUAUGUAAUAGUUGGCUUACAAUUGAAUUAAGAAGAGAAAAACAGGAAUACAAAUUCGUAAUUGUGUAUGAAAAAUGCAAAUAAGAUAGAAAUUAGAUUUAAGGCGUGCUGAAUUUAAAUAAAAUAAGAUUUUGUGUUGGAUAAAAAAUUAACUGUUAGUCAUGAAUAGCAAAUAUUUUGAAAUAAAUUGUAAUAUUCAUUAAGUUAGUGUUUUUGCAAUAAAUUGAUUGAAUUAAAAUAAUUAUUAAAAAGUUACUUAAAGAUGAAAAGUGCCAAGUUCAUUUUAGAGAAAUUUUCAUGAGACGAAAAACCUUCUCAGUAACAAUAAUACUAUUUGAAUAUUUUGAGUAUGUAAGUACAGCAGUGUUCACGAAAAUAGCAGCAUGGCGUAUUGACAAGUUUUGCCGAUUUAAUUCCCUUUUACCUAAUUUUAAUAUUUAAUUUUUUUGUAAAUACAGUUAACUCUAAACAAAACCCAUACAAAUGGGAAGUUUCGAAUUUCCUAUAAAAUUAAUAAAAAAAUCAAAAAAUUUAAGGUUUUUAUCAGUCUUUUUUAUAUGCAGUUUUAUAGUUUCUUAAAUUUUAUUAAAAUGCAUAUUCAAGUUGCUUAGAACUCGCGUUGAUUUUUAAUAUAUAUAUAUAUAUAUAUAUAUAUUUUGGUGACGGUGGAUUUUCUUCCAUAACACUUGCAAUUCUCAAAAAUCAACGCGAAUUUUGAGGCACUUUAAACUUGCACUAAAAUUGAAUGGACUAUUCUAAUGGAUUCUAUUCUAAAAAAUUCUGAAGAACAAGUUUUAGAAAUUUAUGAAAAUUUCUUGAAGAGAUUUGAAACUUUGAUUUGUAUGGGUUUUGUUGUAAAAAAAAAAACACAUUCUAAACUUUUUAUUUAGUUUCAUAAACUUGUAAACACGUCGCACUGCUAUUUUCCUGAACACUGUGUGCCAGUUACAUAUCGUCACCUGAAAUGCAAAAUAACGUAACAACAUCGUUACUGAAAUGGAAAAAGUC